AUUCACCAUUGUAUCUCUUUGCAGGCUUUUAGCUUGUUUGUAUACUGUAUGUGCAGCAGUUCACCUACCUUUGAUGUGGGUGGCAGAAUGGGCACGCAAGAGUUACUGCUGCCAGUCAACAGGCAGCAGGAGAGAAGGAAGGAUUCAGAGAGAGAUUAAAUGAGAGAGUGGCAGGGGGCAGAGAAAGAGAUGCAGAGAGAGGCAGUUAAUUCACUUUCAGCAGUGAUGGCCUGCAUGCCUGGUUAGCAUAUUUCGGUGGCUGUUCGUAAUACAAACUAUCAUGGAGAGAAGAAAUGAGAAGUUAUUCUCUAGAAAAAGAAGUUUCACAUUCGGAGCUUAUGGAGGGAUUGACAAAUUCAUCACUGGAACCGAGAGCAGCUGUGCUGAAUCUGUGGGGCACAGCAUACUGGACAUUUUAGAUUCUCCCUCCAGUGAGGCUAAGCCUCUGACCUCUGCCACAUCAAGCCAGAAGGUGACAGAAUUGUUUGCGAUAAUUGAAAAGCUACAGGGUAGCAGAUUGGAUGAACAGCGCUGUGAAUUCCCACCACCUUUUAAGUUACAAUUGAACACCCAGACACGGCUCUUAAAGAUUGGAGAUGGUUUGCCCCUCAUCCUCCCCCCAAAAUCUGGAGGCUAUUGGAUCGACCCUGCCCUGGACAGACACGUGGAGACCAGUCCAACUCUCUCACACGGGGGGUUUGGCCUGGAGAGCUACGAUAUCAUGGAACGAGACAGUGAGGCUAAAAUGUUCCAGGAAUUCUUCCGCCACAGAUAUCAUCAUUCGUUCACAGCCUCUGACCCCUCCCUUGGGCCGCUAGUUUUGUCUGUUUGCCUUGAAGAAGAAGAAAAUCGCCUACGAGUCAUUCUGAGGAUGAAGGAGUGCUCUCUUCAUGGAACAUUCUCAGUUUCUCUCUUUCAACACUUUCCCACAGCCGUAGAGCUGGCUAAGAUGCUGUGCUCAAGUGUCAGCGUGUCAUGUUUUGAGCCUGUCAGUUACUUAAAGGCCCCUGAGCUCAUAAUGGCUUUUGAUGAACACAGGGUGUCACAAAACUUUAAAUUUGGUGUUUUAUACCAGCGCGAAGGACAGCUGACAGAGGAAGAUAUUCUUGGUAACAAUGAGGAAAGUGAGGAGUUCUUGGAGUUUCUUUCAAUACUAGGGCAGACGAUCAAACUGCAAGGAUUUACUGGAUUUAGGGGAGGUCUGGAUGUGUCUCAUGGCCAAACAGGAGAUGAGGCAGUUUUCACCUCCUUCCACGGUAGAGAGAUUAUGUUCCAUGUUGCCACUAAACUCCCCUUCACUGAAGGUGAUACACAACAGCUGCAGAGAAAGAGACACAUUGGCAAUGAUAUUGUUGCCUUGGUUUACCAGGAGGGUCACACCCCCUUUAUCUCAGAUGUGAUCAGAUCCCACUUCUUGCAUUGUUUCAUUGCUGUGCGGAGGAUAAAGAGAGAAAGUGAGGGAGAGGGAGGGGAUGGAGGAUCAUUUCAGGUGUCUAUCACUGGCAGGGAGGAUGUGCCCCCAUUUGGCCCGCCUCUUCCUUCACCACCUAUUUUUACAGAGGGUUCUGUUUUGAGAGAGUUCCUCCUAACCAAACUUAUAAAUGCUGAAAUCUCUUGCUACAAAGCUGAGAAAUUCAGUCGACUGGAGUUACGUACACGUUCAUCUCUGUUGGAAGCACUCCGGUCUGAACUGUCUUCUCGCUCUCAAUGCAUGCUGAGAGAGUCGACACAAUCCAGCAUCCCCCUCGCUGAAGGAGGGAAGGGUGUUCCAGAGGGUGGUGGGGGAUUCAUUGAGAACUUUAAGAGAGCUAUUAGGGUGCGUAGCCACUCAUUCGAUACCUUGGGAGUACCAAAGAAAGCAGGUGGUGUGGCAGGACAGAGACCAAAGGUAAUAACAAAUACCAGACAGUUAUUCCAUUACAAAUUUUAAAUUCAGUGAGAUGUGCUCUGAUAUUUUUAGAAAUUUCUACAUCUGUGAUUAUAGAUAUUUAAGUAUGACCUUCAUUUUUAUCUCUUUCUAACUGCUAAUACUACUCUGGCAAAAGGACGGUGAAAGGUGAGAACAAAAUAUUAACCAAAUUGCAAUUGUGCUAAGAACUUGUGUGGACUUUAUGGCUUUAUAUUUAACUUUACAGUGACCAGACAAACAGACCUGAUAAUGGCACUGAGGUGAAAGGUCAAACGAGUCCACAAGAUGACCUAUAGAGUGUGACCUAUUCUGAGGCCUGAAGAUGAACACUUGCUGUUAUUGAAGAGACAGUGCAAAGCACAAUAAAGUAAAUAGCACAUUUAACUAGAACAGUUUGUUUACUAAGGUAAGUUGUUAAUAGCUCUAAAAACAGUAUGAUUAUACUGUAUAUUUUUUAAGUGUCAUAGUUCUGCUUUAAAGGCAAUCUAGAGCUCUACCCAUCUGAGGUAGGAUUAUUUUUUUGGGAUUAAACAUUGAACUAUUUCCUCCACAUUAUCACAUGAAUUGUCAUUAGUAUUUGAAUGUAUACAUAAUAUACUAAAUUUUAAUGUGCAAAUGCAGAACCAAUAAAUCUGCUUA